CCUCCAGUAGUUUGUUUUUUGCUCCACAUUCCAGCAUCAGCAGUGUCUUGUGUCUCUUAGUUAAAAGGGGUUUGACCAAAAGAGUGGCUACAAUUCCUGGACUCGGAAUAGAUGUUUACAGAACCACCCUUGUGACAGUUGGUUCACACAGAGGCCAUCCCACACCUUGCUGGACCCAGAUUGCAGUGUUGUCUAUUGUUCAUUUCCCAAUCACAGUCCUCUUGCUUUAUAGUCUCCAGUUUUUAGUUGGUAUUCCUGAUCUUGAUAUAAUUAAUUCUGUCGUUGAGCCUCUGGCUGGGCUACUUGGCCUGUAAAACCUGAGGGAAAAUAUUUUAAAUGUUCACUUUGAAUUAUUCCGUAUUAGUGGAUGUAUAAAGUAUAGGGAAAAAAGAUGUUGGAUUUUCGGUUUCGGUUCGCUUCGUAACAAUGUUUUACUGACGUCGAAACGAGGUUCAAUGUGAUGUCUUUCAGGAUGCCAAUGAUUGGCGUUGGUUCCCAUAACUAUCCUUGUUUCCGCAAUCUGCUCCCUGCCCUUAUUCCCGGAAUGAAUGGAUGUGGCGGAGUUCGACCGCUCGGCCUGGUGGUGCUAUGAAUCGGUUUUUGGUCUCUCCGCUCGCUUCCCUGGCGCUCGGAAGUUAUGGCGGAAGUUGUUCGCUGACUGGAAUUCAAUCGCUCGAAGCUGAGCGAGGGAAUGCCGCUGUACCCGUAAACGCUAAUUCUUGAGAUAACUAACAUCCACAGUAUUUUGCUUCUGUAUUGGACACAAGAAGGAUCUUGCCAGCACAGCACUUUGAAAAUGGACAUAGAAGAUUGCAAUGGUCGUGGUUACAUUUCUGGAAGCGGUGACUCUUCAAUGGACAAAGAAUUCCCUGGGGCAAUGGUGGGUCCCACAGUGAGCACACCCAACAGUCAGCACUCUUCACCCAGCCGUUCUUUGAGUGCCAACUCCAUCAAGGUUGAGAUGUACAGCGAUGAAGAGGCAGGGAAACUUCUGGCACAGGAGGAUGGCGCUAGUGAUAAAGAUGAAGCAGUCAUUGCGGAUGAGUCUUUGACGGAGCCGCUAGGAUUCUGUGAGGGCACGGGGCAGGGACCUCAUUCUCCUGGAGGGAUUCGCCUUCCUAAUGGAAAACUGAAGUGUGAUCUGUGCGGAAUGGUCUGCAUCGGACCGAAUGUUCUUAUGGUACAUAAAAGGAGCCACACUGGUGAACGCCCCUUCCAUUGUAACCAGUGCGGUGCCUCAUUCACGCAGAAAGGAAACCUCCUGCGGCACAUCAAAUUACACUCUGGGGAGAAGCCUUUUAAAUGUCCUUUCUGUAAUUAUGCCUGUCGGAGAAGGGAUGCACUCAGUGGACACCUCCGAACACAUGCAGUCUCUUCUCCCACCGUCGGCAAACCUUAUAAAUGUAACUACUGUGGGCGGAGUUACAAGCAGCAGAGUUCGCUGGAAGAGCACAAGGAACGUUGCCACAACUACCUGCAGAGUCUGAAUGCUGAGCCCCCACAGCCAUCUACUCAGCAAGCAGGGGAGGAGAGCCGUGACAUCGAUGUGAUGCCUGACCAUAUCCUUCAGCCGGCCCCUGACAGGCCUUCUUUUAUAGAUAGGCUUGCUAACAGCAUUGCAAAAAGAAAAAGAUCUACUCCACAGAAAUUUGUUGGUGAUAAACACAUGCGCCUCAACCUAUCUGAUGUUCACUUUGAGAUGAACUCCAGUUUUGAGAAGGAUGUAGAGAUGAUGGCUCCUCACCCCAUGGACCAGAAUUUGGGCAGUGCACUGUCCUAUCUAGGAACAGAAGCAAUGAGGCCUCCAAGGCUGCCCAUGACCAGUUGUUUGCCGGAGAUCACGCCCGUGAUCAGUGCUGUCUACUCGCAUGUACAUCCCAUCCACAGCCGAGCUGAGGCACAGGGAAGUCGAGAGGCAGCAGAAAGUCAUGAAGACAUGCCAGAAAAUCUGAAUUCUAGAGCAAAAAAUCAACUGGUAGAGCUUGGAGUAUCUCCAAGCAAUGGUUGUCAUGAUUCCACUGAUACAGAAAGCAGCCAUGAAGACAGGAAUGCCCAUGCUUUCCCUAGUAACUAUGUCACAAGGCAAAGCCCGGCCUAUUCCAAAGAGGACCCAAAGGCACAGGAGCCUCCAUCAUCUGCCAAAGCAGCUCAAAGCUCAGCCAAAGAGGUCCUAAGAGUCUUAAAUGAAGAUGGAGAACAAGUUAAGGCUUAUAAUUGUAACCACUGCCGGGUUCUCUUUCUUGACCAUGUAAUGUUUACCAUACACAUGGGUUGCCAUGGAUUCAGAGACCCUUUUGAGUGCAACAUCUGCGGCCACCACAGCCAAGAUCGGUACGAGUUCUCCUCACACAUUGUCCGAGGAGAACAUAAAGUGAGUUAGAGAGGGCCACAUGGACUACACUUUUCUACUCCCCUUGCACUGACUUCAUCUAAAGAAGGAGGUGUUCUUACUAGGGUUGGACAAGAUAAUUGUUUUCAGGGAUUAAUCUACAGAAUAAACGAGGGUUAAAUUCGGCUCCAAAUAAAACUAAGUGUUCUCCAUCUGGAAUAUUUUGUUGCAUCUUUGACAAAAAAUAUGCUUGCUUAAAUUCUCUUCUGUUGAAUUUCAGAGGAGGAAAAAUCCAUAUUUCUAGGGGCCCAAUUUUACAGUUAAUGAAUAUUCAGAUUAUGGUACUUUUUUCCGAGCACUGAUUUAUCUGUAAUGUAUAUAAAGGCAGUGUAGGUGGGUUUUAUGUAAUAGGUGAAUUCAAAAUGAGGCUUCAAUUCCUAUCAAAGCUUCCCAAUUAAUGGGAUUCAACUCUGUUUUAACCUUAUAGAUAAUUAAGCGUUCAACUGUUCUUUAAUCCUAAAGACCUUGUGUAACUUUAGAAGAGAAUCAUCCAGUGGAAACUACUGACCCUUUUUAGUGUCGUAUGAAUUCUUAACCUAGAUAAGUAGCAGUAAUUUAUCCAAAUGACAUGCAUCAAAGAGAACUACCUAUGUUUAUGCCUUUGUGGAAUUUGUCUUUGAAGUUUGAUAUUUUAUAAAUGCCCAUUUUUUUUAAACUAAUGAGGUUAGGAGUUGAACUAUCUAAACAUCUUGGCAAUUUUGACAUUUUUUUAUGAUGAAAGAGAUGAUGCCUGUAAUUGUUUUCUUAAAACCAGUUCAAAAACUGUGGAUUAAUCCCAGACCAACGUGACUUGGCUAUCAGUUACACAAUUAGGGUGUCCAGCCAGAUUCUGUAAUAGCAUUUUGGGGAGGGAGGGGUAGGCACAGGCUCAGUUCUAAUUUGUUGGCAAGAGUAACCCUUACAAAAUAACAGAUUUUAUCUGCUUCAGUUUGAAGAUGCCCAAUAACGUAGUAGUGAAUGUGCCUCCUUUGUCACUGUGGUUACAAAUUCAUAUCCUGUCAAUGGUUCACAUGUACUUGCCUACUGUCAGUGUGGUGAGUUUGACAAAUCCUGGGUUGAACCAAUGCACCAUCUAGUUCUGUGUCAAAUGACCAGCCUGUAUGCUGAGCCACAGACUACCCUGGCAAUAUGCAGGGUAACUAAGCCAUGGGCGUGAGAGUGGAAUUUGAGGAGCUAUUGUGGUGAAAUCGGACAAUUUAUGAAAUUAGUGUCAUAAGCAAUCCAAACUACCUCGUUCUAGCUGUUGGAUCUAAUAACUACCAUGACGCAACCUUGGCUGGUGAGAGGCUUUGAAUUGGUGGCUAAUGGUGAUAGCUAAGUAAUAUUUCCUUAUUCCCCUUCCUCUCACCAAGCUGUUUGAUGAUGUCACAGUGUCGCCAACCACUAAGAAAGUGUACACAAAUUGAAAUGCUCAGUCUUACUGGUGCAUGAUGGUUUCUGUUGUUCAGUACUUUCCGUGCUUGAAAGCACCAGUGCCCUGUUUGCAUAAAAUGUUGACUUUUGGCCUGACAGUACAGUUAAUGUGUAUACUUUCUGAAGUUCAAACCUUCUCCAAAGUCAGUAUUCCAAUCCAGUAACUACCAUGUGCAUGUUGAGUUUCUUUAGUUUUUGGCUGAAACACUGCAGUGCUGCUUACUCUGUGGGAAGAGGUAGCCAUCUGUGUUCAUGCUCACCAACACUGGAGCAGCAUUUGUACAAGAAGCUGUGAUGAAGUCUGGGUGUUUAUCUAGAAAUGUGCAGUUUUUAAAACUUUAAUCAUAUAAUAAAUAUUUUACUUUGGACCAAAUAAGGUUUACAGGCAGAGGGUUAAUAUAUUUUAAGCAAUUAAUGUGUUCUUGUCUAUUAAAAAGACUUUUCCAAAUGUUGACUUUUAAAUAGUGUCUGCAUUCAUAUUUAUAAUUUUAAAAUUCUGUAGUGUAAAAACUUCACACUCCUGUGGUUGUAGGUUCAAGUCCGUGGCUGAGGCAUAUCGGUCACAUUAAUGGUGAAUGGUAACCAGUUCUCAGUCUGCUGACUGGGUGUGACCUCUUGUGGGAGUUGGAUAUUGUCAGCUGCUCCACUCCAGUGAGAUGCAGGAAAAUUUUCCUUUGCUGAGGGGAGAAAAAGAAUGAAGAGAACUGGGAGAAGACUUUGCAUUCUGUAUGUCUUUAGUAAAGAAUGUUGGAUGAAUACACACAGCCAUUGUGAAAUAUCUGUAAGAGUUUAUUCAAAAUGGUUUUAUGGAGUUGAUAGAUUUUUGUAAAGAAGGAAACUCUGUGACAUCAUCAGUUUCCAAGACACCAGGGCAAAUUCUAGAUUAUAGCUUGCGAGGGGGACUUGAUGGGUUGUAGAUUUUUUUUUGUCCAACCCUAGUUUUUAUCAGAUAUUCAGUUAUUUAAUUAAUUUCUUUUGAACUGACACUUCUAGAAUUAUUUUCUGAAUUUGUUUAUUUAAAUUGUCUUUGCACAUUAGUAUGUUGCACACUUGUUAGCUUCCUAUUUCUUCUGUAGAUCCAAUGUCACAAUUCAUUUUCUUUUGCUUGUGAUUUCAAGCACACUUUUAAGAUUUAAGUGUUUAAUCUGUGCAAAGUACAUUUAUUCAAGAUCUACUUUAAGGAGCCCUGCUGCAUUAGUAGAAAUUUAUACCCCCCCCCC